AUGACAUUAUCAAUUGGUGAAACAACUUCUACUACGCUACAGCAACCUUUACGACAACCAUCUCAAAGAAGUAGAAAAAGGAUAUCAUCCAGUGGUUCUAUUUAUAGAAAUAGUCAAAGACCAAUUUCUAUGGUUUCACAAUCUUCUUUGCCAUCAUCAAAUAAAAGGAGUAAUAAGCAUUCACUUUUAUCAUCUUUAUCUAUUAUUAAUCAUUCAUCGUCAUCAUCACAUAACAUUCAGCAAAACAACAUUCAGCAUAAUAACAUUCAGCAAAAUAACAAUUGGCAAAAUAGCAUUCACCAAAAUAGCAUUCUACAAAAUAACAGUCGGCAAAAUAGUAGUUGGCAAAAUAGCAUUCUGCAAAAUAAUAAUCAACAGCAAAAGAAAAGUAUGAGUGGAACAAAUGCUAAAACAAUAAAUAGUCUUAAUCAACCAGUACCUGAAUUUCCACCACCACCAUACACACCACCAGAAUCAUCACAAACCAGAUAUCGUAGACCUUCAACCAAUUUCUUUAUAAAACCAAAAACAAGCCAAGAACUACGCAAAGAAAUACAGAAACUACGUGAAGACCGUAAAAAAGAACAAGAAACUUGGAAAGCUGAAGAAAGAAGACUGAAAAUAAAAGUGGGUGCAAAACCAGAAGAUAUUGAUCGUGUGAAAAGAAAAUUGAAUGAAA